CAAGGCGGCGAAGGGGGGUUUAAUUUUGUCCACUGCCGGCACCCUUACCUCGAACGAGGCGGCUCGAGUCACGUGCUCGCCCGGCAAUGGCCGCUGCCGUCUGACGCAUGUAGCGCGAGCGGAGUUGGGGAAGCAGGUAAUCUAUAAAACCCUGAUGUGGAUGGAUUCUUAAUGAAAUUGGUUUCUCUGCAAGAAGCAAAAUGAGUUGGAAACUUCAUUGUUUGACACGGACUAUGAAACUGCUGCAGGCGUGCCAUUACAUCCAGAGUCCUUUUUCUAGGACUGCAGUGAGAUCCUUUAUACUGGGAGUGAAUGGAUAUGAAAAUACCAUGCAUAAUGUUUACCUGAGGCGACUCCUGUUUUAUGCGCCUCCUUGCUGGCUCCAGUCAUCCCUUCGGGUUUUUUCCCAAGAUGCCCAGUCUGUCAACACAGAGAGAGAAGACAGAAAUGAACAGAAAACUGCCGAUGCCCUUUUGGAAGAAGAUGUGCCAAGCCCUGAACUAAUGACUCUGAAAGCCCCCCAAACUCAGUCUGGUUUCUUGGCUUCCUCAGGGGAAGGCAGAAGUGCUGUUGAAGAAAACGAUGAAAGGAACGCAUCCCAGCAAUUCUUUGAUGAGCUUCGAAAGUGCGCAUCCCCCUGUGAUGUCCUUGAUAUUGUGGCAAAAUUUCCAGUCUCUGAAAAGUAUGUCAGUAACUGUCUGGCUACCAUGUGGAUGCUCACAAAAAAGCUCUCAGAAGACCAGAAGCAUUAUGAGAGGAGGCUAAUGUUUGAGCACCCCCAGUUUAGUCAGGUCUGCCAGUGUUUGAUGCGCGAAGCCAGGUUCAUGUGGCGUGAUGACUUAGCCUAUAGCAUGCUUGCUGUUGUGAAACUGGGGGUCCCUCAGAACACCUGGUUGGUUCAGACCCUGCUUAGGGCAUGCCAGGAACGUCUCAAUGAAUUUGAUGAUCGAUGUCUCUCAGUUGUGGCAACCACUUUGCAAGGAAUGGAAAAAAGCAAGAACGUGGAAGCUCUUCAGAUUGGAUUGCAGUUACUGGUAGAGCAGCGAAUCCCCAAAAUCUCAAGUGUCUUUAUGUUGCAAACUAUGAUGAAGUGUAUCGGGAAGGAUGCCCCACUCAGUCUAAAGAUGAAAUUGGAGGAUAAGGUUUUGAGUCAGAUGCAUGAAUUUACUCUCCCAAAUGCUCAUCAUAUGUUCAGUGUGCUGGCUGAAAUGAAUCACCGUUCACUUCCAGUUCUGAAUGCUUGUAGUAACAAAAUAAUAGAGAAUAUCCAGGGAAUUCCAUUCUGGCGGCUGCUAACUAUUUUGAGAUCUUGCAAUGACCUCCAGUAUCGCAACAACACACUUUAUUCUGCAAUAGCAGAUUACAUAGCAACAACUUUCUAUAUGUGGGACACAAAACAGGUAGUAGUCUUUCUUUUGGCCUUUGAGAAUCUCAGCUUUCGACCUGUUGACCUGAUGGAUAAGUUCGCAGAGAAAGUGAUGUCUCAUCCUGAAUCUCUGAACAUGAAGGAUAUUGUUUCUGUUCUGAAAGCGUAUUCUCUCCUCAAUCAUACCCCCAAAGGCCAAAAAGACAAAUUUUUUGAGGCUCUGAAUACUGCCUUGAAGAAGUAUCUCUCCAGGAUCUCUCAUGUGGACUUACUAAGGGCUGUAUAUUCUUUCUGCAUUUUUGGAUAUCUUCCACAACCUGCACUUAACCAACUACUACAAGAGGAAGUCCUCCAUGACCUGGUAACAUUAGGUAGCCGGAAUGUAGAGCAGAAUGAGAUGAUGCUGCGUGUUAUCAAUGUUUGCCUUGAACUUGAUGGAAAUUCAUCAACUAAACCAGCAAUUUUAUCAGUAGAGAAGCUCCCAUUACCCUCUGCUUGGGAUUUUCCUGAUGUACAGGAAGUGCUGCUCACACUUCUGGGAGAUGGAAAUCUGUUUCGAGAAAAUGUACAGUUAGCAAAUGGCUACACCAUAGAUUUUGAAAUCUUAAUGGAUGCAAGCAGAAGAAUAGUAAUACCAAAUACUGAUACUGAUCAGUUAGCCAAUAAUUCUAACAUUCAAAGGGUAGCUUUGCUGUGUGCCCCUGUGUCUGCCUUCUGUGUUGGCUCAAGUCAUCCCCGAGGAAGGCUGGCAAUGAAGAUGAGACACUUGCAUCUUCUGGGCUAUCACAUCAUUCUGGUUCAUUACCAGGAGUUUCAAAAACUGAAGAAAGAAGAAGCACUUGAGUUCUUAAAAGGACAAAUAUUUUCAGCAGAAGCAUCUUCAGUUCCUAAUUAGAAUAUCUAUCAUGGCUAUAAUAUAGGCUGUAUUCUUUUGCCUACUUUCCUGGGAGUGAGUCCCUAUAUUAUAGGGGUUGCUUUCCUGUGGUACAGCACCAGACCACUAUAGGAGUAUAUGUGAAUAUGUCAAGUCAGUUUAUCAACUGAUCAUGGGAAGAUGUCCCUGUAUGUUUUUAUUCACCAUAAGUCAAAAAUGACUUGAAGGCACACAACAACAACAACAACAACAACAACACUCAUUCAGCUGGGAUCGUUGCAUCUUUCUCAUGUUUCUGCGCUGAAAAACAGAAAUUGAUAAUCCUGUGGCCCGCUAGGUAUUGUUAGAUGGCAAAACUGGAGAUUCUUUACCAUUGGCUUUGCUGCCUAAAGCUGAUGGGAGUUGUAGUCCACCAACACCUGGAGGAUUUCAAGUUGAUCAGUCAUGGGAGGGUGGAAGUGUUACACUGGAAUUGGCUUUCAGUGUCAUCUUUUGAGCUUCCCUCUUUAUUGAGAGGACACUGGCUGAAUUCAACUGUGAAAAAAUACUCAGUCGCUUGUGCUGUAUUUUCUCUUGCCUGACAUCCCUUUAUACAAGUUGGAUGAAAGGCAGGGUAUACAUGUAAUAAAUAAAAAAAUCUGAAAACUAA